AUUGAUGUAAAUAAUUGCAGCCUUCAUUGUGUGACGGAGGAACGCCAAGGGUAAAUGGCAAGAACAGUCUACAAAUAAUAGUCGUCAUCGGCCGGUAAGAAAUGUCAAGGUACAAAGCUGGGUAUGAGUCUUCGGCUCCGGUGUCCAAGAUGCUUCCUGCGUCUAACAUCUAUCGCGUUGGAGAUUAUGUUUAUGUGGAAACCCAGCCAAGUCAUCCAUAUCAAAUAAGAAGGAUUGAAGAACUUACAAAGACUGCAAAUGGACAGGUGGAAGCAAAAGUCUCAUGUUUCUACAGAAGAAGGGAUCUUUCAAAUGCUCUUGUUAGUCAGGCUGAUAAGCAUGCAAUUACAGCUGAAGAAGAUGAAGAAAUUUAUAUUGGAGAAGACCAAACUGAUGAAAAGUUGCAUCAAUUGAAGCACAGAGAAGUGUUUUUGUCAAGACAGCUAGAAAUUAUCAAUGCUAAUACCAUUAGGGGAAAGUGUUCUGUUACCUUAUACAGUGAGAUAGAAAAAUUGUAUGAUUACCUCGAAAAGGAGGACUGGUUCUAUUACCUUCUGGUUUAUGAUCCUCAGCAAAAAACUCUUCUAGCUGAUAGAGGAGAGAUAGGAAUUGGGGAUGAAUAUCAAUGCGAUGUUCCUGAAUUACUGAUGGAUCCAGCAAAAGAUGAUGGCAGGAAAACAGACUGUUCUGAUUUAGAGACGCUGGUCUGGAACCCUGAAAAUGGCUUGCAUGAUAAAAAUAUUGACAAUUUUUUGGUUCUAGCAAGGUCCAUCGGAACUUUUGCACGUGCAUUAGAUUGCGGAAGUGCAGUCAGGGAGCCAAGCUUGCAUUUAAGUGCCGCGGCAGCAUCAAGGGAUAUCACUCUGUUCCAUGCUAUGAAUGUUCUUCACAAGAAUGGUUAUGAUAUGGGAAAAGCAGUAUCAGGCUUUGUCUCAGACGAAGGUCCCGUUUUAUGUAGAGAUGAGAUGGAAGAAUGGUCUUCAGGAGAGUCCAGCCUGUUUGAAGAGGCCGUGAAAAAGUUUGGAAAAGAAUUCACGGAUAUUCAGCAGGAAUAUCUGCCGUGGAAGAAAAUGGCGAGUCUUGUCGAGUACUAUUACAUGUGGAAAACAACAGACAAAUACGUGCAACAGAAACGCCUAAAGGCAGCUGAGGGCGACAGUAAGGUCACCCAAAUAUUUAUUCCCAGCAGUAACACUGCUGUAAAUCUCACGUUGGCGGUUCAAGCAACGAGUCAAUAUCAAGUAACAGCUGGCGGAAAUUUCGUCACUCCAAAUUACAUAUGCGAAAGCUGUUUUGGGAAAGAGUCGGCCCUUUGGUAUCCGUGGGGACCAUCUACGUCGCAGUGUAAACUGUUUUUAUGCAAAGAAUGCUGGUUAUAUUGGAAGAAAUAUGGCGGACUUAAAAAGACAGCAAAGUCGACCAACCCAUCACCUCUAGCAGAAGCGGUUUAUAAGUGCAGAAUUUGCAACAAGAAGUUCAAUAGAGCUGAAAGGCUAUCAAAUCACAUGGCCGCACACAAGGGCCUUAAGUGUACGUUUCCUGGUUGUGAAAAGAGUUUCAGCUUGAAAGCGCAUCUUAGCCGGCAUCUUGCAAUGCAACACAGCAUGUUUAACGAAGCGAAGAAGCUGAAGGUGAAGACGCCCUUCGCAAUGACCAGCACGGACUUCGCUAAAGUUUGCCGGUUCAUCUGCCGCAGCCAUACUCGCUGGCAUCACUUUGCCAGAAAUCCGACCGAUUGCGUCAACCAGGCUGACGUUCGAGCAGAGUGUGGUAAAGUUCUUACGCCUGAACUCGCCAAAGAUCUAUUUGACAAGAAAACAGAGAAAAAGAAGCCACUCAAAAGGAAAUCCUUAGACGACGUCAUCCAAGUUAUGAAGAAGAUUCAGAAAACGACUGGCAUUAAUGUGCAACGACCGCACAUUAUUUCGAGCAUGCAGCAAGCCAAAGACUCGAACCCAGGCUCGUCAGGCAUGCGCAAGCUCAUGUCGCCCACGAAGACGUCAGUCAGUAUGUUUGGUCAAACGCAGACAUCGAUGUCAGGCCAUUUAAAAGGAAGGACUUUGAGAAGCCCACGCACAAACUCACCCGUUUCCACAGGCUAUAAAAGACCGUUGGAUGUUGCCCUUGAGCAGAAUGGAAUUGAUGAUUCAGCACCGUCUUCGAAGCGUCACAAUACCGUCGGAUCACCGGUCAACAGAAAUGGAUUUGAUUGCCAUGUUUGUGGAAAGAUCUUCCAUAGUCAAGUAAACUUGAGCCAUCACGUCCAACUGCACGGAAAGGGCAGUACCCAUUCUGUAAUAAGCCAAGCAGCUGAUGCAAAUCGUUCCAACAGCAACUCGCCAUACUACGAUGGGAAUUCGGGGACACCUACCCCAAACAGCCAUCACAGUAUCAUACACCAGCCUGUCAACAAGACCCAAAAGGAGCCAAUCACAAACGGAGCUCGUCAGCACGUACCCCAGGGUAAGGCACCCGGACCUCAAAAGGUUGGGCGUGGUUUUUCAACUAUGACCCCACAAAAAAGGCCAACUGCCAGAAAUGCUUCUGAAUUUACUGGAAAGGAAGGUGAUCCACAUUACGUUGACCCUCCACAGGAAUUCUUUUUCAAGUCCACUAAAGAAGCAAAGAAGUCAAGACGCUCUUUGCCGCCCAGAGUGCAGAGAAAGAUAGCCCGCAAGCCGUUUAUUCAAAUAAAAUGUUCCCAAGAACUGAGAGACUCUAUUAUUUGCAAGAAGAAUCAGAAAAAGGUUGGCAACGUUGAGACACCGAUUGUCAUUGACGAUUAGUUGCUGGAGGGACAAGGUAUUUUUUACGUUAACGAGGCAGUAUGGUGACUGGCUGGAGCGCACCCAUCGUCAUUCUUAUCAUUAUUGCAUCGAGGUUCGGCAUCAAGUGUGUAGGCAGAAAGACGGACAAUCGGAGUCCAUGAAAAACUGACACGGCCCAAUGAAUGGCCAUGAAGACAGUGUUAAUUCUGCGACUAUCAAGUACACAGUUUAUCUUAUCAACAUCAUUUCCGAAAAUAUUAUAGAUAGUUACAAGGUGACUAGUGAAUCUAGCUUGUUCAUGCGUUUUGAAGGAAGGGGCUUUCAUAUUGUUAAACUUGUUGUUUAGUUGUUGAGGUAAUGAAACAUUUCUUAUCCCUUUUGUCGUAAUGGGAUAUUUUCAGCAUACAUAGCCUUUUAUUGGUAGAGAGCUCGGUUUUGUAGGAAACUGGUAUCUUGAAUCGCAUAUAUCUGCACCGCAUAUACUGAGCCCCAGGCUUCUAAUCCUUUGUGACGUCAUUUUUGAAUAUCACCAAAUAAUGGUUCGGGUUCACCACGCAAGAUUUGAAUAAGUAGCCCAAUAUUUACUCAGUAGAAAUCAAGACAAAAUACUAGUUAUAAAAUUUUCAUGGCGCCCAGAGACAUUGAGCAUGGUAUGGGUAUGAAAGUUCUGAGUUUUUAAUGUAGACCUCCGAUAUGGACUUAUCGAUUUCAUUAACAAGAAUUGUUAAGCGUAGCUAAAUACUUUCCAGAUCUCCUUGUAAUUUAAGUCACGUAUCAUUAUAUUGUUAAAAAGCAAA